CCUUUUUCAUUUUGUCAGUUGAACACUUCUGAUUUGUUCUCUGAGUCUUUGCGUUGGCGGGAAUGACUUCGCUGGAAUCGCAGCUUCGCGAGGUCGACAUCACCGACGACUCGGUUCUGUCCCUGCUCCAGCCGAGCCAGACCGCUGGCCUCGACGCCAAUGAGCUCAUGCUCUCUCUGUUUGCACCCAACUACCCCGAGCUCAACCUGGCAAACCUCACAGGAUCCAUUUACGAAAAGACGACGGACUUGGUGACGCGCCCGUUGCUGAGCGCCAUGACCGUCCACUCGCUGCCCGAAUUGCACCAAGACGACAUUUUGGCGGCUGCAUUGUCACCUGCAAACUCGACAGUUUCGUCCACUUCCUCGUCGGCAAUCGCGUCGCCACCGACCAAUGGCUCUGCGCCCUCUACGGUGCCCGCGAGUGGACAGCGGUUUGAGUUUGACCUUCCCCCGGCGUACCAGCACUCCUCGCAACGUCGCCCGCGCUCCGACUCGAGCAGCGAAGAAGAGCAUCACUCUCCCGAGAGCAUGAUGCGUGCAUCGAUUCGUGUCCGUCUCGAUGUGGACCCGGACGAGCAUGAGGAUAUUCCUGGAGACACUGCUUUGAAAGUCAAACGUCGUGAGCAAAUCAAACGCGCAUCCAAGCUCUACCGCGAGCGCAAGAAGCGGAGCGAGCGUCAGCUUGAAGAUGAGCUAGAUCGUCUCCGCAAGGAAAAGGACGAGUUGUUUGCCGAAAAGGAGCGAGCUCUUCUUCAACUGCGCGUUCUUCAAAACAAUACCAGCACGCAUGCCAAUGCAGGAGUCAACCAUGCCUCUGAUGUGGAGCAAAGCCGAUUGCGCUUGCUCGCGCUUCUCAAGCAGGUAUCGCAAGACCCAACCGCAACCGACGAGCAGCUCUUGCAAGUCAUUCGGCCUCUGCGUGACACAUGCCGAGUGGUCAGCGGAAUCGCAAUCUGCCACGCUCAACACCUGCUGAGCAUGAGGACAUCACUGUCGCUCGCCAGCACGUUUCUCAAUGACUGCAUGUACCUGGUCGAGACGGAAAAGUCAGCCUACGGUUUGGGCGCGUACGCACGGCAAGUACGACACGCCGUCCCUUCCAUGUCGCAGACGCAAAUCCAGCUGCUAAACACCAUCACCGAGCAAUACUACUCCGACAUUGCCAUUCUGCACGCCGAGCGCAAGCAACUCGCUCGCGAUCUGGAUGCCCACGCCCUCCGCGAAAAGCAGCAGCCCGAUGUCAUGCUGCAGUCUCAAAUUAUGCUGUCUCGCCUCACAUUGAUAGACUGUCUGCGGCGCAACAUUCACGCCGAGGUCAACUUGUUUGAGUUUGCCAUCGACCAAAUCGUGUCCAUGCUCUCUCCGCGCCAGCAAGCCCAGCUCCUUUCUCAAAUCGAUCUCCAGCACACAUCUGUUCUUAUGCUCAGUGGCUUGCAGGCUGGUAUCCGAGCGCAGCAACAGCAAAGUCCAGCCGAAUGAGCGCGCGGAGCGGUGGUUUUUUUUUUUUCUGUUUGUCUUUUUUUCUGUUUCUCGUUGCUGUAGUUGACUGGAGUGAUUUUUGUCGUUGAGUUCUCCCUCGAUUCUCGUGUUGUUUUGCGUGUGUAUGCGGAUUGUCAGGCUGUGUGCUUGUUUUCUCGAGCAGUAAAGUUGCCUAUUGAUCA